GAGAGAGAGAGAGAGAAAGCAACAGAGAGGCGGAGGAGAAAAGCGGGAAGCGGCCAUCGACUACGAGGCCGCGUGGGUUCGAGGUCGAAGCCGUAGUAGAGUCACGUUAGGCGACUGCCGGCUGUGUCGUAGCCAAAGUGCCGUUAUUUUAAUGCAGAUACGCAGAGUCCGGACGAGAAUGAAAGGCUGUAGAAGACAUUUGCACACUUCAAAUAUGAAGAGUAUCGAAAAGGUCGAAGAAUUUUGUGCGGAAAUCUGUCCCGAGGGCAAGAGCAAGAACGAGACUGAGGAACUAGAUGGCGCUGAGAAGCGAGCAGGCUGUUCGAUUUUUCCGCUGGCGAGUGCGCUUUUAUUUUUAAUCGAAUCUAGCUGGCUACCUACGCCUCUCUCGCCAAGGAGGAAACGUGCCUCCGUGGAAAAUUAAAUUCUAUUGCUUCCUGUUGACUGACAAAGCACGAAAGGCGAGACUGGGAAUGCCAUCGACCGAAAUAGAUCAUCAUUAAAACAGAAGCCAGUGUGUGCAGGUUUUCUCCUUCCUGUUGGCCGGCCGCGCACCGCCAUGCGCCACCCACGCUCCUUCCCAACCGAAACUAACAUCGCCCCUCUACCUUCGGUCUCCAAUGGUCUCUUCUCUCCAACCGUUCCUCGCCGUUCCAAACCGUUUCCCAACGGUUCCCAACCGGCCACACUUUACCCUCUUUCUUGCUUUUUCUCUCGUUGCAAUCUCUGUUCUUUGUUCUGUUUUUUUCUUCCUUUCCUCCAGAACCCCGUACCCUUUUUAGCAGAACUCGUAAAAAUCUCAACUAUAAUACGAGGAAAAAAUCGACGACCACCUUGUUUCCUUCUUUCUACAGAGAAACACACUCGACUUUACUUCUCGUUAGAAACGAGAAUUAUCCAACGUCGCAGACAAAAUAAAUUAUUUCAUAAACGAAGGUGGUAAUAAAUCAAAAUCUGCUACUAUUUAUUCGUGGAGAUGCUACAUCCGGA